UUAUUUUUUUUCUAUUCCUGUAAUUCGUCAGUCUGAGUGACGACAUUUGUCAUCCAUUUUCGUGAACUGUACGGCAGUUUUCGGUGUGUUUGAGGUUUCACAAGUUUCACUUUGUUGUUCUGCCAAGAGAAGAAUAUUUUUUGAAUUAUUAUUAAGAUGCCAUCUGUUAGUGUGAAAGACGUUGAUCAACAUCAAUUUGUUCAACACCUUGCAGCAUUCUUGAAAAAAUCAGGAAAGCUAAAAGUUCCAGAAUGGGUUGAUGUAGUAAAAACUGGAAUACAUAAAGAACUUGCUCCUUAUGAUGAUGAUUGGUUUUAUACAAGAUGUGCUUCUGUUGCUCGACACUUGUACAUGAGAUCACCUGCAGGAGUUGGUGCAUUCACAAAAAUUUAUGGUGGUCGUCAUCGUAGAGGUGUUCGUCCAUCACAUUUCUGCCCAAGUUCAUCAAGCAUUGCUCGUAAAGCUCUUCAAGCUUUAGAACUAUUAAAAUUGGUUGAAAAGGAUAGCAAUGGUGGAAGGAAACUCACAAGCCAGGGAAGAAGAGAUUUGGAUCGAAUUGCAUCUCAAAUUAAAGGAAAAACACAAGCAUAAUUUGUAAUGUGAAAUAUUUGAAUAAACUUGUUUACAGAGGAA